UUUAUUACCUUGAAUUGAAAUCUAGUGCCGCAGGCUCGUGACCUCACAGAAUCGCUCUAGGACAAAUGACUUCCUCAGCGGAUAGCCCCGCCUGGAGCCUGCCGCAGUUCCCAAUGACCCGAACAUUGUUGCACUAUGCAGCGCCGGUCGCCUGUGUGGCCACAACUGCACUCCUCGUCGCGACAAGGAAGGACCUGAUUACCUGGGUGUAUAACACCAUCGCCAAGUCAGGGACCAAGAAGGCUGGAAAGGCCUACCUCUCUGGCAACUUCGGCCCUGUGCCUGACGAGCUGUUUGCUGAGGACCUGGAGGUGGUGGAGGGCAAGCUGCCCGCGGGGCUUGACGGCUUCUAUGUGCGCGUGGGCCCCAACCCGCUCUUCCAACCCGUUGCCGGGUACCACUGGUUCGACGGCGACGGCAUGCUGCACGGCGUGCGGCUUAAGGGCGGCAAGGCCACCUACGCCAACAAGUACGUGGAGACGGAGCGCCUGAAGCAGGAGCGGGCCGCGGGCGGGCCCCUGUUCCCUCGCCUGGGUGACAUGUUCGGAGGCAAGGGCCUGGCGCUCAUGCUGCUGCACAGGCUGGCCAAGGCUCUGGGGGCGGUGCAGACCAGCAACGGCACCGGCACGGCCAACACGGCACUGGUGUUUCACGCCAAGCGGCUCCUGUCGCUCAACGAGGGAGACAUGCCGUACGGGAUCAAGGUCCUGUGCAACGGCUUGAUCGACACGCUGGGUCGCAUGAAGCUGCCCAGCAGCUGGAAGGGACCCUUCACCGCACACCCCAAGCUGGACCCGGAGACGGGCGAGCUGAUCUUCCUGGGCUACUCCUUCUCCGGCCAGCCCUACGUGUCCGCCGGCGUGCUGGACGCGCACGGCAACCUGUCCCGGCAGUGGGGCGUGGAGCUGCCCUGGCCCGUCAUGAUGCACGACAUGGUGGCCACGCAGCGCUACGUGGUGCUCAUGCACCUGCCGCUGUGCUUCGACCCCGAGUGCAUGGUGAAGGACAAGACGCUGCCCUUCCGCAUGCGCACCGACUUGCCCUCGCGCAUCGGCCUGCUGCGCCGCGACGCGCCCAGCUGCCCGGCCGGCGGCGCCCCUGUGCAGUGGUUUGAGCUGCCGGGUCCUGGCUUCAUGGCCUUCCACAUGGUCAACGCCUGGGAGGAUCCCAAGACAGGAGACGUCAAGGUGUACGCCUGCCAGCAGGACUUUGUGAACCUGGACCUGGACAAGGUGGACUGCUCCAAGGAGCUGGCGCACCUGACCGAGUACUCGCUGUCCCCCGCCACCGGCGCCGCCAGCCUGAGGCGCCUGAGCGGCGUGGUGGGCGACUUCCCCGUGGUGCACCCGGGGCACGUGACCCGCCCCUGCCGCUGGACCUGGCUGGCCACCAUGGACACUGCCGGCAGCACGCCCUCCUUCACCGGCAUCGCCAAGAUGGACCUCUCCGCGCCCGGCCCCGCCGCGGCCGCCGCCGCCGCCUCCACGCCCGCCGCCUCGGCGGCCUCCACGCCCAUCACCUCCCCCUCCAAGGAGCAGCCUAACGGUGGCGAUGCCAAGGCCUCCAAGGGCGGCAAGGGUGGAGAUGCGGCGCUGCCAAAGGGCGAUGCGUGCGUUGGGCGCAUCAUCUACCCGCCGGGCGUGUUCGGAGGGGAGGCUGUGUUCGUGCCGCGUUCCUCCACGCUGGCCGACCCCAAGGCCGCCGCCAAGCUGGCCGAGGACGACGGCUGGCUGACUGUGUUUGUGUACGACACCAACACAGACACGUCGUACUUCAAUGUGUACGACGCCAAGACCAUGGCCCCCAAGCCCGUGGCCUCGGUGCGCAUGCCGCGCCGCGUGCCGUACGGCUUCCACGGCACGUGGGUGGCGGAGCAGCAGCUCAAGAGCCAAGUCAUGUGGGUGUGAGGGCCGCAAUGGCUGCUGGUCCGCGACACACUGCGGCAAGCGCGGGGCCGGCGGGCGAUUGUGCCCCGCCUGGCGCGCGGUUGUGCCACCAUCACGUAAUGGAGGGAUGAAAGGCGAAGCACGGCCGUGGUGCUGCUUCUGACAAAGUGGAAGAAUUCAACAUAUGAGAAGAGGGAGAGACAAGAGGAAAUGGUGCACUGGAGGCAAUGGUUGGCUUCCUCAGCGAUCACACCAAAGCACGAGAGUCAGAGAAAGCUCUGUGCAUCGCAUGCGCCCAAUUUAUCUGUACUUUGGUGUUCAUGGCGUUUGCUGUUUGCUGGGCCCCGACCGGUAACAUGGCUUCAGCAGCUGCGUGACGAAGAGGCGCGAGGUCGUGUGUUGAGGUGUCACAGAAUGGGAAAUUGUGCUGCGCGCGGAGUCAAACGGCGGAGUACUGCACCCGCGGCGAGCGCUUGUUGGCUUCACAUUUCGUGGAUUGGUUGGCAUUGGAUUUGGCAUUGCUAGAGCAGCAGGAGUCGAGAGUGUAGGGCGUUGCGCAGAGGCUGAGAGAUUGUUGGAGGGAACGGCGUGGUGGGUUGUGGGAAAGAGACUUGACGAAUCCAUUGCAGAAAUGUAGGCGGCAGGUCUAAACCAGCCGAAGGUAAUGCGUGUUGAUUGCCGGCAGGCGUGUGCGUGCUGCACCAAGAGGUCACGACGGCGGGCCUGGUGUGUGUUGUUGGGGAUACCGUGGCGUGUACCGGGGGUAGCCUGUGGUUGAGCGUUUUGGGGUUCAGUAUUGAGGAAUGUGCGGGCCCAAGAGGCGGAUGCAGUUUACGCAGGCGAGGUUGUAAGGUUAGCUGAGGUUGUUUCAAUGUUCCGCAAGUUCACAACCGGCAUGGCCAUCCGUCAGCUGGGGGAUGCAGGGGGAUGCCCAGGAGCCCUCAAGUAUUUGAAAUGGAGUACCACCCCGCGAACCCGGCUUGACCUCCUUACACACGCAUUUGCAUGUUCUCGACUGAAGGAGGAUUGCCAGCGCGUGGGCGCACGUGGGCACCUGGACGUCAGGGGUUGGGGGCUGGCUACCUUGCGCCGGCAGUUGGUCCAGCGGAGGUGACUCUGGUCCCCCGACGACUGCGGAAUCGGCACGCGUUAGGCAUCAUGCCCUGUUUGCCAUGGACACUCAUGGACCUCGGCCGGCAAUGUGUGGUGGUGGCGGGACUGGCUGCUGGAGCUACCUUCCCGGGGGCGCAAAGUGCCAGCUAUUUGGGGGCGCCGUUGCGUCAGACUUAUGGGCGCGGCUUCAGGCGUUGCGGGUUCUCCCGCGUGGCUGAGUGGUGCCUGGCAACCACCCCUUACUCGUGCGUGGUACUGGCGGCAGGAUGGUGCUUGUCCACCCGAAGGAUAAUGCGUCCCCGCAGCCUCCACUUGAAGUUGAUGGGCACUGCGCCUACUGCCUACUGCCUUUUCCUGCGGCCCUGUGUUGGCCUUCGGGCUUGCGCGGUUGUGCCUCGCCUCCUGGCGCCAGGCACGUCGUCCCGGGGUGGCCCUGACAUCGUCGGACGUUCUAACCGGUGUGGUGCUUCAAUGACAUGCCUGGUCUUGCGGCGGUGAAGCUGCAUGGUGGGGCUUUGGCGGGUCUUGCACCUGGGUGCCUGGCUUGGUGUCGACCCUGCGCCUCUGCUUCACACGUGUGCGCUAGCGGUCUGUGUGUCAAAAACGAAACGA